GGACAAGAAAUGGAUAAAGAAAUGGAAGGUGCUCUCGAUGAUGUAGCAAAACAGUUGGAUAAACAAGUGCUGGAGGAGAAGGACAAAGAUGACGAUGAUGAAGGCAAGUAUCACUUCAUUCUUUCAUUUGACUUCCAGCGUGAACCCUCUCCUGGACUCCGACUGAACAAACCUACAGAGCCCCGUGGUUUACAUUUGUGUGUUUCUUGUAUGUGUGGGUUUGUAUGGCUUUUGUUACAGUUGAGCUGUCAGGCGUCCAUCAAUAAAUGCAUAAAACCCCCCCCUAGGAUAACAGCUUUGUUAAAGCUGCUUGUUUUUAAAGAUCCUGUUACUGCAGGGAAAUGUUAAGGUGCACUGUAGGUCAUUAUCAUUUGUAUUACUGGGGGCAAUAGGAAGUUACGUUCCAGCUUAUAUCUCUUAUUCUUGGUUUAGAAGAAAAAAAAAUGCAGAAGACUGUGAGGGAGCUCAUUAAUUAAUAUCUCAGAGUCUUUACCAGUGACUGCACAUGCUCUCUGUAAUGCUGAUUUGUCAUUAGAACUGACCUGGGGAGAGAUGAAUACGUAAGCAAGGCAAACAGCUUGUGUGCUGCCAGUGCUGCACAGCUGUUCUAACCGAGUACCCUUGGAGUGUCCAGUACUGAAAUCCAGGUUGGAUGCCUCUUUUCUGUGAUGGAGAGGGUGAAGGAGAUGGAGCAGCAGGGAAAAAGAAGAAGAAGAAGAAAAAGAAGAAAGGACCUAAGGUUCAGACAGAUCCACCUUCUAUUCCAAUAUGUGAUCUAUUUCCCAGCAACAUAUACCCGAAGGGAGAAGAAUGUCAAUAUCCACCAACGCAAGAUGGGCGGACUGCAGCUUGGAGAAUAACUAGUGAAGAGAAGAAAGCACUAGACCAAGCUAGUGAGGAGAUCUGGAACGAUUUUCGGGAGGCUGCAGAGGCACACAGACAAGUGAGGAAAUACGUUAUGAGCUGGAUAAAACCUGGGAUGACGAUGAUAGAAAUCUGUGAAAAACUAGAAGACUGCUCACGUAAGCUGAUAAAGGAAAAUGGCUUAAAUGCAGGCCUUGCAUUUCCUACCGGGUGCUCUCUGAAUAAUUGUGCUGCCCACUACACUCCCAAUGCCGGAGAUCCAACAGUGCUGCAUUAUGAUGAUAUUUGCAAAAUAGAUUUUGGGACACAUAUUAGUGGUCGUAUUAUUGACUGUGCUUUUACAGUCACGUUCAAUCCGAAAUAUGACAGGCUAUUAGAAGCUGUAAAGGAUGCCACUAAUACGGGAAUAAAGUGUGCUGGAAUAGACGUACGUCUCUGUGAUGUGGGGGAGGCCAUACAAGAAGUUAUGGAGUCUUACGAAGUUGAAAUUGAUGGCAAAACAUACCAAGUGAAACCAAUUCGCAAUUUGAAUGGACACUCAAUCGGGCCAUACAGGAUACAUGCUGGAAAAACUGUGCCCAUUGUGAAAGGAGGAGAAGCCACGAGAAUGGAGGAAGGUGAAGUGUAUGCUAUAGAAACCUUCGGUAGCACAGGAAAAGGCGUUGUUCAUGAUGAUAUGGAGUGUUCUCAUUAUAUGAAGAACUUCGAUGUGGGGCAUGUGCCGAUAAGGCUUCCGAGGGCGAAGCACUUGCUAAACGUCAUCAAUGAAAACUUCGGUACUCUUGCCUUCUGCCGCAGAUGGCUGGAUCGCCUGGGGGAGAGCAAAUACCUGAUGGCAUUGAAGAACCUGUGCGACCUGGGCAUAGUGGAUCCCUAUCCUCCCCUGUGCGACAUCAAAGGCUCGUACACGGCACAGUUUGAGCACACCAUACUGUUGCGCCCAACGUGCAAAGAGGUUGUCAGCCGAGGCGAUGACUACUAAACUUCAAAGCCACCUCAGCACCUUUAUACACUAGGCUUUGUUGGAACAUACUAUACCAGAAUUAAUUUGCAACGUAUUGUCUGUUUUAACAGUGGACUGAUGUAAUACUUUCCAUAUUUGGAAAGGAAGUAAUUUAAUCAAAGGCAAGUCUUCUAAUGUAACUAACCAAGGAAAAAGCUUUCAGGCCUUUAGAAGUAUUUCAAAAGUUACUUAUUUUUUCUGUUCAGGGAAAUACGUGCUAUAAAGCUCAAUUUUUAGUUUGGAAUGAGUUAUACAUUUUGUUUUGAACAUUUAUGAGAAAAAAAAAAGAUGCUUUUCAAAUAUUUAUAUUACCAUAUUCCUACUUGAAUGCUUUGAAUGACUACACCUGAUUUCUGCGCCUAAGUCCUCUAUGAUAUUGCCUUUUAAACUUCCUGGAAUCCAUUUUGUAAAAAAUAAAGACAAAUUUUCAGAUCUAAAAAAUAUAUAUACUUUUUAGAAGUCUGGUUACAAUUCUGGUCAGGAGUCUGCUGGGAAACUGCUCUAUUAAAUAUUUUACAAACUUGA